UUCUUUUUUUUUUUAAGUUACUACUUUUUGUAUUUGAGUUCUAAAUAUAUCGUUAGUGACAUUAGGUGAUAGAGCGAUGACUGAUUAAAAUGCCCAAAAGAGAUGUAAUGCCAUAUGUUGCAUUAAAUUUAAUAAGCAGUAUAAUGUAUUAAAUCUGGAACUUCCCAUAUUUUCCCCCCUCCUAUUUAAUUAGAUGUCUGAGCUCUCCAAACGAGCAUUUGACCACAUGGACCCCUUGAUGUCCAAAGGUGAUGAAUUCUGUCAUGACAUCAGAGAGUUAAACAUAAAGACACACGAGGAGAGAGAGAGCGCGCGCGUGAGAGAGAGGCUGUUGCACACUUGCGCACUGCGCGUAAAGGACACACGUAUCCAAACUCUCGCAGCGACUCGUUCCGCUCUUCGCAAAAGAAGAAACUUUUUGUUUUGUCAAUGAAGUGGAGUUUCACAUCUGUCACAGCAGCCACAGCUUGUCUUCUGCAGUGUCGAUAGAAUAUGUGUAAAAAGAGGCGGGCGUUCCCGUUAAAGUCUUCCACUUUUUUCUGCAGAUAAACAGCUUUUUGGCGAUCUCAAAGAUGGAACACAGUGAAACGGGGAAUUAUAUGAAGACCCCAGCAGACUGCAUUGAUCAUCUCACGUGCCAUGAACAGAAGAUCAGCUGCGCGUGUGGAGUUUAAACUGGACUUUAUCUGAAGGACCUGCACUUGUUUGAGCUCGAUUUAGGAACACUGCUGAUGUGUGAAACCAUCUUAUUUAGACUACCGAUCGCAUUUCCCUAAUUGUUAGGUUUAUUACUCGGGAGUUUUACACUUUGUGUUAUUUUACGAACAGCGCAAAUCUAGUAUUAUGACAGGCUUCGACUCAUGGACCUUCUCCUAUCCAGAUGGAUCUAGCGCAGGUUUGCGUUCCUCCUUAAAGCGGCUCUUAAGGUGGCUUUGAUGCACGAAGGAUCCUCCAAACUCUCACAAUGGCUCACUCAAACACGGAAUAUGGUCCCAUCUCCUGGCCUGAGCCCAUCUGAUCUCGUUCGUCUCUGAUCUGUCAGCUUUAGAGUGAUCAUGGUCUCGUCCGUUGGCGCUCUGAUGGUUCUGAUGGUCACUCAGGUGUUCUUUGGAGGUUCCCGCGGACUCGUACCUCAGAUCGGCCGGUCCUCUCUGUCUCAGGAUGUCUUACACGCGUUUGAACUUCGACUUCUGAGCAUGUUUGGACUCAAACACAGACCCAGUCCCAGCAGGUCUGCGGUUGUUCCGCAAUACAUGAUGGACUUGUACUCGAUGCACUCGGUGAACGCGGAGCAGAACAACAGCAACAGACCCAAGGGUUCCUUAGGGAAAGGCUCGGAAAGAUCUGCCAGCCGCGCGAAUACUAUCAGGAGCUUCCACCAUGAUGAAUCCACGGAGGACCUGUCCAGCUCGAGUGGAAAGACGACUCAGCGGUUCCUCUUCAACCUGACCUCCAUCCCAGGCGAGGAGUUUGUGACGUCAGCGGAGCUGCGGAUUUUCCGAGAGCAGGUCGUGAGUUCUCCGAGCAACGGCAGCUCGGCGGGAUUUCACCGCAUUAACGUUCACGAGAUCAUCAGACCGUCCGGUUCCCUUCAGGAGCCCAUCACGAGACUCCUGGACACCAGGCUGGUUCAGCACAGCUUGAGCAAGUGGGAGAGUUUCGACGUGAGCCCCGCCGUCACGAGGUGGACCGCAGACGGACGGCCCAACCACGGCUUCGUGGUGGAAAUAGUUCACCCGGACCAGGACUCCAAAAGACACGUCCGCGUCAGUCGGUCCCUGCACGACAGGGAGGACACGUGGCCCCAGAUGAGGCCGCUGUUGGUGACCUACAGCCACGACGGGAAGGGGAACGUGCUGCACUCUCGCGAGAAGCGGCAGGUGCGGCCGAACAAACAGCGGAAGAAGCACAAAGCCAACUGCAAGAGACAUUCCCUCUACGUGGACUUCAGCGACGUGGGGUGGAACGACUGGAUAGUCGCGCCGCCGGGCUACCAUGCCUUUUACUGCCAGGGCGAGUGUCCGUUCCCGCUGGCGGACCACCUGAACUCCACCAACCACGCUAUUGUACAGACACUGGUGAACUCGGUGAACAGCAACAUUCCCCGGGCCUGCUGCGUUCCCACGGACCUGAGUCCCGUUUCUCUGCUCUAUCUGGACGAAUACGAGCGGGUGAUCUUAAAAAACUACCAGGACAUGGUCGUGGAGGGCUGCGGAUGCCGCUGACUUUAUUUUUCCCGAUACUAAACUUUAUUUAUAAUAAAGUAAAACACAUAUUUUGGAGAAGUAUAUAAAGAUAUAUUUAUGUUCACUAUUGGGAAAAUAAAUAUUUUAAUCGGAGUUAAACUAACGUAUUUUCUGA